CAGUAGAUAGUUGUAUGUCAUAGCUGCACAUCCCUCCAGUUGCUGUAUGUGGGACGCGGCCUCAGCAUGGCCGGAGAAGCUGUGCGUCGGUGCGCGCCCGGGAUCCGAACCCGGCCGCCAGUAGCGGAGCGCGGGCGCUUAACCGCUAAGCCACGGGGCCGGCCCCAAGGAAAGGCAGAUUAUAAAGGAAAAGCUAUCAAGCAUUAAAGGAAACAAAGAAGAACGAAAAAAUAGAAAAUGUACAACGAUAUGUCAGGGGUGUUUUGGACACCUAGAAUAUUUGCCUCCUCUUUUCUAGUCAAACCUGAUUCAUAAAAUGGACUAAAGCUGAAAAAUCGUCUGCUGCUUUGUCUGUGAAUUUCAGACACGACUGGGAUGGUCUUAAGUGCAUACAACUAGACUCACUGCAGCUAUGAGUUCAGACGAGAAGGGCAUAUCCCCUGCUCAUAAAACAUCCACUCCAACCCAUAGAAGUGCCUCCUCUUCAACGUCCUCCCAAAGGGAGAGUCGGCAGAGUCUCCACGUGCUGGAAAGGACUGCUUCCUCCAGCACCGAGCCCUCCGUGAGUCGGCAGUUGCUAGAGCCGGAGCCGGUGCCCCUCUCCAAGGAAGCUGACAGCUGGGAAAUUAUAGAAGGGCUGAAAAUAGGCCAAACCAAUGUCCAGAGACCAGACAAACAUGAAGGCUUUAUGCUGAAGAAAAGAAAAUGGCCUUUAAAAGGCUGGCACAAGCGUUUUUUUGUCCUGGAUAAUGGAAUGUUAAAGUAUUCAAAGGCACCACUUGAUAUUCAAAAAGGGAAGGUCCACGGGAGCAUCGAUGUCGGACUCUCGGUCAUGUCAAUUAAAAAGAAAGCCCGGAGAAUAGACCUCGACACAGAAGAGCAUAUCUAUCAUUUGAAGGUGAAAUCCCAGGACUGGUUUGAUGCAUGGGUCUCCAAACUGCGGCAUCAUCGAUUGUAUCGGCAGAAUGAAAUUGUGAGAUCGCCGAGAGAUGCUAGUUUUCACAUAUUUCCUUCAACCUCCACAGCUGAAUCCUCACCAGCUGCUAAUGUUUCUGUUGUGGAUGGAAAGGUGCAACCAAACAGCUUUCCAUGGCAGUCCCCUUUGCCAUGCAGCAACAGCCUCCCUGCCACCUGCACGACCGGCCAGAGCAAAGUGGCAGCCUGGUUACAGGACUCGGAAGAAAUGGACAGGUGUGCAGAAGACCUUGCACACUGCCAGUCAAACCUUGUGGAACUUAGCAAACUCCUGCAAAAUUUGGAAAUACUUCAGAGAACUCAGUCAGCACCUAACUUUACUGACAUGCAGGCUAACUGUGUAGAUAUUUCAAAGAAAGACAAGCGGGUCACAAGACGAUGGAGAACAAAAAGUGUCAGCAAAGAUACAAAAAUACAACUGCAGGUUCCUUUCAGUGCUACCAUGUCACCAGUUCGCUUGCAUUCCUCCAACCCCAACCUUUGUGCAGAUAUUGAAUUUCAGACUCCCCCUAGCCACCUCACUGACCCUCUGGAAAGUUCAACGGAUUAUACAAAGCUUCAAGAAGAAUUUUGUCUAAUUGCACAGAAAGUGCAUUCUCUUUUGAAGUCUGCAUUUAAUAGCAUAGCUAUAGAGAAGGAAAAGCUUAAGCAGAUGGUUUCCGAGCAGGAACACAAUAAAGGCCACAGCACACAGAUGGCACGGCUCCGACAGUCACUGUCUCAGGCACUCAACCAGAAUGCUGAACUAAGGAGUCGGUUGAACAGAAUACAUUCAGAAUCUAUUAUUUGUGAUCAGGUUGUCAGUGUAAAUAUUAUUCCUAGCCCUGAUGAGGCUGGUGAGCAAAUUCAUGUCAGUCUCCCCCUGUCACAGCAAGUAGCCAAUGAGAGCCGCCUCUCCAUGUCAGAGUCUGUCUCUGAGUUCUUCGAUGCACAAGAGGUCCUCCUGUCUGCAAGCUCGUCAGAGAAUGAGGCUUCAGAUGAUGAGUCUUACAUCAGUGAUGUGAGUGAUAAUAUAUCUGAAGAUAACACCAGCGUCGCAGACAACAUUUCUCGGCAAAUCUUGAACGGGGAGCUUACAGGAGGGGCCUUCCGAAAUGGACGUCGAACAUGCCUGCCAGCUCCCUGUCCAGACACCAGUAACAUUAACCUCUGGAAUAUCUUGAGGAACAACAUUGGUAAAGACCUAUCUAAAGUCUCUAUGCCUGUAGAGCUAAACGAGCCACUGAACACUCUGCAGCAUCUCUGCGAGGAAAUUGAAUACAGCGAGCUUCUGGACAAGGCUUCAGAAACUGACGAUCCUUACGAGCGCAUGGUUCUUAUUGCUGCAUUUGCAGUUUCAGGAUAUUGCUCCACCUAUUUCAGAGCAGGAAGUAAGCCAUUCAACCCUGUCCUUGGGGAGACUUACGAAUGCAUUAGAGAGGACAAGGGAUUCCGCUUUUUCUCAGAACAGGUUAGCCAUCAUCCACCCAUUUCUGCCUGUCACUGUGAAUCCAAGAAUUUUGUGUUUUGGCAAGAUAUCAGAUGGAAAAACAAGUUCUGGGGGAAGUCAAUGGAAAUCCUGCCUGUUGGAACACUGAAUGUCAUGCUUCCAAGGUAUGGAGAUUGCUAUGUGUGGAAUAAAGUCACCACGUGCAUACACAACAUUCUCAGUGGGAGGAGAUGGAUAGAACAUUAUGGAGAAGUAACCAUUAGAAAUACCAAAAGCAGUGUUUGCAUUUGCAAAAUCACAUUUGUCAAGGUGAAUUAUUGGAAUUCUAAUGUGAAUGAAGUCCAGGGGGUUGUGAUGGAUCAGGAGGGGAAGGUGGUGCACCGGCUGUUUGGGAAGUGGCAUGAAGGGCUCUACUGUGGCGUGGCCCCUUCUGCAAAGUGCAUCUGGAGACCAGGUUCCAUGCCAACCAACUAUGAGCUCUACUAUGGCUUCACAAGGUUUGCUAUUGAGCUCAAUGAGUUAGAUCCUGUACUAAAAGAUCUGCUUCCACCGACAGAUGCCCGAUUUCGGCCAGACCAGAGAUUUUUGGAAGAAGGAAAUUUAGAAGCUGCAGCAGCAGAGAAGCAAAGAGUAGAGGAGCUUCAGAGAUCUCGAAGACGAUACAUGGAAGAAAACAACCUUGAACAUAUACCCAAAUUUUUUAAAAAAGUGAUUGAUUCCAAUCAAAGAGAAGCCUGGGUUUCUAACGACACCUACUGGGAGCUGCGAAAGGACCCUGGGUUUAGCAAAGUAGACAGCCCUGUUCUUUGGUAAACUGGGAAUGUAGAACUAGCCAACAUAUCACGCUCUGAAUGAAUAAAUAACUAUGCACAAUUACGUUUCUUAGAGCUCUGCGUGAUUUCCGGGUCUACUGAAAACCGACCAUUUGCUUUUCUAUCCAUCUUGAUAAUGGACUUUCAGAAGUGCAUUAGACAAUGCCCCUAACCACUCUUGGAUCCUUUCUGUUUUGCUGCAACCAUAUUCCUUAAAAAAACAUCCACACCCUCCUCGAAAAGCAGAAUCAAAGGAGCAGAAUACAAAAAUCCAAAGUCUGAAGAGUUUGUAAAGAAAAACCAACUGUAACUGGUGCUUAAAGCUGAUCCAGAGAGUUUAAAGCAACAUGACCUAUAAACCACGCGUUUGGCCCUAUUUCUAGAAGCGCCAUUCCCUCGUCGUAGGAGCUCCUGGGCCACGGCAGUCGGUCAGCUCAGACUUCGAGCGUGUCUGUUCGAUGUGGUGUACUUGUGCCAGCCUUGUCAAAACAGCCGUGAUGCUUCUCAGAACCUGUUCCAUCUGUACGCCAUUGUUCAUGCCUUAAGAAAUGCGAAGAUGUACAAUAAAUCAUUUUUUAAAUGUGUGCUCGUAGGUUUACGUGAAGGACGGAUCUUUUGAAUCAUGGCAUGAUUCACUUUCUGGGAUCAGAACAAUUAUGAGACUAUCUUAAAUGGAUUUAAAAAAGUAAACAACAUGUGCUUUACUUUGAUACAUUGCUUACUGUAUCGGAUAGUGAAGGGCAAGAAGGAAAAGGUGUGCUGAAGUAGAUCUCUGUAUUCACAUUGCUCAUCGAGUUCCUGUCCUACGUCCAGAUAAUAAACCAUCCCUCUUCUACCCAGACUCACAGUGUGCCCUCUUAUUUGGCAAUAUCUGUAUUUGAUCUGAACACUUGGCAUCAGUGUUAAAACCUUGGAAGGAAAUAAAAAGCAUAUGGAAUUUC